ACACCAAGUCCACCGAUUCUUGUCUCCCAAAUUGUUCGUGGUGUUGUUAUUGUCUCAUACAAUCGACCACAGGAAAAAAACCCAUUUGAUGCCGCAUUGUCAAGCGCACUCGUGUCUGUCCUUGACAAACUUAAUACUGACCUACAAUUGUCUGCAGCCAUCAUCACGGGACGUGGAGGCUACUUCUGUACGGCAGCCAAGUUCGACGAGCUGCUUCGUCCUAUUCAUCCUGUGUGGCUACAUACGUCUCUCGUGGCAGGCAUCGUCAUGUUGUUUGACUCGUUCAUCACGUUCAGUAAACCCAUUGUCGCAGCCAUAAACGGUCCAGCAUUUGGUGGUGGUGUGACCCAGGCCACGCUGUGCGACAUGGUACUUUCCCUGCGUCACGCUAAAUACUCACUGACUUUUUCUCACUGGAAGGUGUCACCAGAGGGUUGUGCUUCCGUACACCUGGCUCGUGUCAUUGGCAUUAGCGAGGCAGGGAAAAUGCUGGCGGGUGCAUGGAUCCCUAGCUCAGCUGUUGCAAAGAGCAUUGGUCUGGUAUCCGAAGUUGUGGCCGAU